AUGGAAAUGCCAGCCGCUGGCAGUAGUCCCGACAGCGUGGACGGCCUUGCAGAGCACCAGCUAGACUUUCGAGACCUGGACGCCUUGACAAGUUUGAUUGGCCAUGAAGCGGUCACGCGGCUGAAACAGCUGCCUACGGAAUUCGCUCGCUUGAAACCUCGCGCCAAGGGGCUGGGAGGACGUGCGAGCGCUCUACGCGUCUCCUCAGUGUUCGUGAGGCGAUACACAGCGGACACGAGGCCUUGGUUUAUGUUCCACCACGACGUGCCUCCGCUCACUGCCAACGUGGCACUCGCAGGUGAUUGCUGCCAUGAGGGCGGACGGCUGUUGGGCCUCUUUGCUAACGCUGUGCAGCUUGUGGAGCGGGAGGAGGGCGAGGUGACCGUGCACGCCAAGGGGCUCCUCCACGGCGUCACCCGAAUGCGCAGCGGUGUGCGGUACUCGCUCAUUAUCUUCUACAGGGAGCGCGAAGGGGUGCGGAGCUUUGUGGACGGGGACGAGGAAUAA